AGUGAUUUUAACUUUCUCCUCUGCCCUUGCUCACUUUAUUUCCACUCCCAUCCACUCAGCCUGCACGCUUUUCUCCCCCCACUUCUCUCUGACGCUCCACGACACUUUCUUUGGCUCCCCACUCGACUGUGUGAGCCAAGGGAAGGCAGCACUCUCCUGGGACACUAGAACUAUUCUGUCUCUUUUCCCUCUUCUCUGAGCCUGGGACGCGCAUUCUGCAGCAUGCAGCAGGACACUUUGCUCCCAUCUGUAUAGUGAGGAUGGGGCCUAAUUUGCUUGCCUUGGCUAAUGAGCUUAGUCAGUGCUGAGCAGCUUUUAGCCCUGCAGGUUGCUGUAGUGGCCACUGGCUAAGGCUCAGUGGUUAGCGGGAGGAACCAGAGCGGAGGAGUGGAUCGGAGAAGGGGGCAGAGCUGCAGCCACAGCUUCACCACUCCUCUGCUUGCCUACCAGGACCACCUCUACUUGUGCCGACACUGCGGCUGGGACAUCUCUUUCUCACUCCCUUCCUCUCUCCCUCCCUCCUCUGCCUCACUACCUGACUCCCUCCUCUCUCUCUGUCCUGAAGCAGCGACACAGUGUCUUUGUAGCUGCAUCACUUUUUAAGCAGCUGCCCCUCUUUCUAGCCUCUUCAUCUCUUUCUCUUUCUUUUCCUUCUCACCCUCUUCCCCCUCACGUUGUUGCCAAAAUGUAUCGGAACCCGUGGAUCUCGAAUUACCUGACUCAUGUCAAGUUUUGCGGCCAAGGACUUGGGAGUGAGUCCCCUAUAAAACUAAGCAAUCCCAGGUUGCUACAGAAGAGAGCUUUGAGCUUUCAGAAAGAAUUCUCCCUUGACGAAAAAGACGACCCUGCCAAAAUCACCAAGGAUAUAGAUGUUAGUCUCUUGGCCAAUCUCCCCAAAGUCUCUGAAUUGAGGAAACGAUUUGAAGGCAUCACCGCAAGCUCAAGUGACUGGGAAAUGAACAGAAAGGAGCGUAUUGCUCGGCGGUUGGAGGGCAUAGAGGGUGAGGUCAAUCCAUCGCUGCUGCCUAGCUUGGUGGCCAACCGGCUUUUAGAGGAGGAUACACCACGAUACACCAGGGCCAAUGACCCCUUUGAACCCUGUGGUGUUACAGUUCAGCGAUAUGGUGUGGAGGGAUAUGAAAGUCCAGAGAUGCAGCUGGCGGCCCCGGAGCGACAGUCCAGAGCUCGAUGUCGGCCUGACCCUCAGUCCUCCAUCCACACAGAGCCGAUCUUCAGUUCAGGCUCCACCACCAGUGGUCCCGAGCUGGAGUCCAAGGCUGAACGCAUCGCCCGUUACAAGGCGGAACGGCGUCGGCAACUGGCUGAGCGCUACGGUAUCUCCUUGGAUCAGGAGCCCGACUUGGACUAUCCCUCCCGCUACACUCGCACCCGGAAGGAGUCAGAAGGCUCGGAGAGGAGAAACCGAGAGGAGUGUGAGGGGGAAGAGGGGAGAGAUAUCACCCUGACCUCCUACACCGGCACAUCUGCCACCAGCCCGAGGUCUGGACGCACAGCACCACACCACAGCCACGCCGAGCCGAGCUAUGAGAUGGGUCGGACCAGGGUGGACUCUUUCUCAGAGAGGGAGAGGCUGAUGAACCUGGAGAAUCAACGGAGGGCCCCUCCUCCUGAGCCUCCAUCCUCCUCAUACAUGGAUGUGACACCAUUAUCCUCAGCUGCCAGGGUGCCCCCCAGGGACAAUGCAGUCACAGGAAUGCCACCUAGUUCACCGAAGCUGAGCAGGCACCCUUCCCUCUCCUCGCCUAAACAUGGUGCAUCUCCUGGAGACCUGUUCAUUGAGCAGCAGGCCCACAACAUCCUCAGCAGACAGGGUGCGAGGGCGUUACUGAGCACCGAUUGGUUCCUGCAGACCGAUGCUGAGGGCGACACACACUCCCUCAUCAACUGGCCAUCGAGAAUCAGAGUUAGGGACAGGCUUGCCAGGGAAGAGGGCCGCCAGAGGAGCCCAGAGCUGGGAAAUGUUACAGAUCCCCCAGUGCACCGCAGACAAUAUCAGCACCAGAGCCCAUGUUACCACACAGAUCCACCAGGCCUCCAUCAGGUCCUUCAAACCCAGCCUCAGCUUACCCGACCAGGGCAACAGGAAGUUGCUGGAUACCCAAGUUACCUCUCCAUGGCCUCUGGUCCCACGUCCAGAGGCGGCCAGCAGCAGCAGGCUCCUGAGGACGAGCCUGAGGAGACAGAGGAUGUGAAGACAGAGGGCCUCUUGAAAAGUAGGAAAGCAGUUCUUCCCUCAGAGAUCCGCCGCAGGGAGAGGAGCACCGACGACCCACGGAGAGGAAGAGGGGAGGAGGACCUGGGGAUGUCCAAGGUGCAGAGCCUCAGCCACGCCAGGGAGGCUGAGGCAGUGGAUGUUCCAAGAGGCAGACACCGAGGCAGAGGCAGGCGAGAGGAAAUUGAGCACCUUUCCCGUCUGCAUUCAGUCGAGAGCAGGCCCAGAGAGAGGGAAAGUUCCUCUCAUACCCACAAAGGGGCGACCGCAACCAAUAUCCAGCCCAGAGUGGCACAUGCAGCCCUGGGAAGCUCCAGCACAGCCGUGAGCCACUCGGCUGGAGAUUCACAAGGGCCCAGUCAAAGGAACCUGCAGCACCAGAACCACGACCUCCAGGAGGUCAAGCAGGGUGAAGGUUUCAGUAAUGGAGAGGGCCUCCAAGACACACGGGUGUCUGUGUCCCAGCUCAGGCACUCCUACAUGGAGAGCACCACCACUCCUCCAACCGGCCGCAGAAAUGAGCUUGAGGUUGAGGGGGACCGGGCGCCCUCGGGCUACGAGGCCCCAUGGAGAGGGGAAAGGGACAGGGGGCGCAGGCCCCGGCAGUAUAUCGAUCCCGGGGAGAGUAGAAAGACCUCAGAGAGGUUUAGGACGCAGCCCAUCACUUCUGCUGAGCGCCAGGAGACUGCUAGGUCCUGUGUGAGUUCAGAUCUUGCUUCCUCUGAAGUGAUCAAACCAGAUGGAGCUGGUGGUGAUAAUAAUGGAGCUGAUGAAGAGAAACUCGAUGAAAGAGCCAAGCUGAGCGUAGCGGCCAAACGCACUCUCUUCAGGGAACUGGAGAAGAGCAUCGAUGGCGGAGCUCCUAAGCCUCGAUCCAGGAAUGCUGCUGUGGACAGGAGACUGAGACGGACACUAGACCGAUCCAGAACUCAGCCCGUCACCACUGAGGAAGUCGUCAUUGCUGCUACCGCCCCCUCUCAUGUGCCUCAAACGCUGACUGCUCACACCGCUGUAGCUCGCAUCCCUAGCCCCACCCUUGUUUGCAGCUCUGUCCCACCAUACAGCCUGCAGGCGUCCUCACAGCAGAGCUCCGCUGCCCACGAGCAGGCAAGGGAGGCGCGGCUGGUGCAGGAGACAAAGGAGGCCUGUGUGUCCAAGCCGGUGUCCACGAUGGAGGGAAAAGCCCAUAGUCACGGUCAGGAGGAGCCCGACCUCUGCACCCUCAGCCUGGCAGAGAAGAUGGCACUGUUCAACCGGCUGGCUCAGCCUCCGACCAGGGUUACCCGCACCAGAGGGGACACGCGCCAGCGCAGGGCCAACGCUCGCUACCAGACGCAACCCAUCACGCUGGGAGAUAUGGAGCAGGAGUCCUCAGACAUAGACAUGAGGGACGAACAGGAACUGUGCGACAGCCCAGUAGAGCAUCUACAACUUCAGAACGGUACAGGCUCUCAGCCCGAUCACCUCCCCUCCUCAUCGCCCUCCUCUGCUCUGAGAGCAGGAAGCACCGUCUCCACAGACCACGCCGGAGACAUCCACAUAACCAGAGCACCAGACCGUCUCGAAAACCUCCCACCCAGCUCCGACAGGUCUCUGCCCCCUCACCAGGCGGACGGCCCGGCCCUGCGCCCCCAGGACUCCGGGGACCACCUGAAGCACAGGAACCUGCCCCAGGGAGAAGUCAGGGUAGAUCUGGGAGGAGGGAAAAGGAAGCUGCCCUCUCCCGACCGAGCGGUCAGGCAGUUUGCUCUGCCCCAGCCUGGAAAGGAGAGGAGGAGGGAGGAAGAGGAGGAGGAGGUGGAGCAGCGGCUGACCAGAGCAAGGGCAGAGGGCGCUGUGCAGAGCCCAGAGAGCCACAUGCUACUGGAGAGGCAGGAGCAGAGGGGGUAUCUGAGGGAGGACGGACACUACCCCAUAGGCCAGAGGAGCAGGACCGUCAGUGAAGAUCGGCUGGAGUCGACUGUGCUAACAUCCAGAGCAGCAUCAGAUUCCCUCAGGACGGCGUGUCAGCCUCCAGCCGCAGAUACACACACAGACGACAUCGACUUUCUGUCCGAGCACGGGGACGAACUGAGCGACGCCAUGUCCGCCAGACAAAUGUCCAUCAGAGAGAGCCACUUAAAGAAAAAGAAGAUCCUUUUUCAUUCUCUGCUCAAAAGUGGGUUAGAUGGAAACAGAAAAUUGGAUCAUGAGGACAAGACAGGAGUGGCCUUGUUGAAGAAGAGCGGUGAGGAUGACUGGAGGAACAGGAUCAAUAGGAAGCAGGAUCUGGCGAAGGUGGCCGUGGACGAGCAGCAGGCUCAGCUCUGGGAGGUGGAGCAGAGCUUCAAGAAGAAGGACGAUGAAGCGCUGAUGAUGAUCGAUGAGCUUGCUGUGUCCGACCAGCUGUGGGAGCCAGUCUUUUCCCCGACUCUCUCUCCUGAGCCUCUCUUUCAUAACCUUUCCCCUGCUGAUUCAGCCGGUCAGGCCCCCAGUUCUCCCAGACCCAUGCAGGUGGAUGAGAGACACCCCUGGAGACGGAAGAGAAUAGCCGAGGCUGAGAUGGAGUGCGAGAGCAUCGAGUCCCACAUGUCCAUCCAUGAGAGGAAACAGCUGAUAGUGGCCCAAGAGGAGGCCUGGAAGAGCAAAGGCCACGGAGCGGCCAAUGACUCCACCCAGUUCACCGUGGCUGCACGCAUGGUGAAGAAAGGGUUGGCCUCCCCCUCCGCCCUCCAGUCUCCAGUGACGUCCAAACCUAAGAACAGCAGCCCUGCCAUCUCCAAACCACAGGAAGAGAUCAAGGCCAUACCCGAUCUGAACCUGGAGUCAGACAGGAAGCUGGAUAAUCUGGAGUCAUUCCUGGGCAAGCUCAAUAGUAAAGUGUCUGGCCUGCCAGAAGCUACCAUCUCAGUGACACAGAAGAAGGUGAAGGAAGUGAUGUCCCUCGAGGAUGAAACAUUCUCCAAGUUCUACCGCCAUGUGGAGGAGCUCCCCUCCGUCACCAACAAGGUGGAGAUAGACGACGACUUUGAUGCCAUCUUUGGUCCGCAGGUGCCAAAGCUGACCUCGGAGAUGGAGCAGCACAAGCGAGCGGUGCGCCCGACGCGUAACGUCCAGUCGUCCAGGAACCCUCUGAAGAUGCUGGCUGCCCGGGAGGACAUCCGACACGAGUACACGGAGCAGAGGCUCAACGUGGGCCUGCUGGAGAGCAAGAGGAUGAAGGCUGAGAAGAUGAAUAAAAACUCCGGUUUCUCUGAGGUGGCUCUGGCUGGUCUCGCCAGCAAGGAGAACUUCAGCAGCGUCAACCUGCGCAGUGUCAGCAUCUCCGAGCAGAUGUCCAACAACAGCGCUGUGCCUUACAAGAAGCUCAUGCUGCUGCAGGUCAAAGGCCGAAGACACGUCCAGACCCGGCUAGUGGAGCCCAGAGUGUCCUCCCUGAACAGCGGCGACUGUUUCCUGCUCAUCACGCCGCACCACUGCUUCAUCUGGACCGGAGAGUUUGCCAACGUCAUCGAGAGGAACAAGGCUGCAGAAUUGGCCAACUUCAUCCAGAGCAAGAGAGAUUUGGGUUGUCGUGCCAACCACGUGCAGUUCAUCGAGGAGGCUGUCAACACUCACAGCCACGCUGCCAAGGAGUUCUGGAAGAUUCUGGGAGGACAGUCGACUUAUCAGUCUGCAGGAACCCCAGAUGAAGAUGAGUUGUACGAGGGCGCCAUCGUGGAGACAAACUGCAUUUACCGCCUGAUGGACGACAAACUGGUCCCAGACGAUGAUUUUUGGGCCAAGAUGCCUCGAUGUUCCCUGCUCGAACCCAAGGAGGUUUUGGUGUUUGACUUUGGCAGUGAGAUGUACAUAUGGCACGGGAAGGAAGUGACGCUUGCACAGAGGAAGGUGGCGUUCCAGCUGGCCAAGCACCUGUGGAACGGCACCUUUGACUUCACCAAUUGUGACAUCAACCCGCUGGACCCAGGAGAGUGCAACCCACUCAUACCCAAGAAAGGUCAGGGCCGACCCGACUGGGCAGUGUUCGGCAGACUGACUCAACACAAUGAAACCACUCUGUUCAAAGAAAAGUUUGUGGACUGGAGCGACUCCAGGAAAACGCCCAGCCCCACAAGAAACACCAACAACCACGUCACUGAUCAGAAGGAGCCGUCAGCCGCCGAUCAUCGCCACGCGUACGACGCCUCCCUGAUGCUGCACCCCCACGAGGCACCGGUCUGCUCCAAACUGGAUGGCUUCAAUGUGGGCCGGGGCUACGGCCUGGUGGAGGCAGAGGACUGGCGGAGCUACCAGAUCAGCACUCAAGCGGUGGAGGUGUGGCACAUCCUGGAGUUCGACUACAGCCGUCAGCCGCGCCAGAGCAUCGGCCAGUUCCACGAGGGCGACACCUACGUGGUGAAGUGGAAGUACAUGGUCAGCGCUGCAGUUGGGAAGAGACAGAACCCAGAUCAGGUGAAGACGGCAGGGCCGGGCAAAGAGAAGUGCUGCUACUUCUUCUGGCAGGGACGCAACUCCACCGUCAGCGAGAAAGGAACGUCGGCACUGAUGACGGUGGAGCUGGAUGAAGAGCGAGGAGCACAGGUUCAAGUCCAGCAGGGGAAGGAGCCUCCAUGUUUCCUGCAGUGUUUUAAUGGAGGGAUGGUUGUUCACUCAGGGAAGAGAGAAGAGGAGGAGGAAAACUCACAGAAUGACUGGCGUCUCUAUUGUGUGCGGGGAGAGGUGGAGGUGGAGGGCCACCUGCUGGAGGUGGCCUGUCACUGCAGCAGCCUGCGCUCCAGAGUCUCCAUGGUGCUGCUGAGCGUCAGCCAAGCUGUCAUCUACCUGUGGCACGGCUGCAAGUCUCAGACACACACACGGGAGGUGGCACGCACCGCCGCCAACAGAAUCAAAGAAGAUUGUCCUCUGGAAGCAGGCCUCCACAGCAGCAGCAAGGUGAGCAUCAGGGAGUGUGACGAGGGAGCAGAGCCCACAGGAUUCUGGGAAGCCCUCGGGAGGAGGGACAGGAAAGCGUACGACUGCAUGCUGCAAGACCCUGGCAGGUUUAACUUCACGCCGCGUCUCUACCAGUUGAGCAGCAGCUCAGGGGAGUUUGCAGCCGUGGAGUUCCUCUACCCAGCCAGAGACCCCAAACAGGUCAACUCUAUGCCCUUCCUACAGGAGGACCUUUAUGCAGCUUCCCAGCCAGCCCUGUUCCUGGUGGACAACCACCACGAGGUGUAUCUGUGGCAGGGCUGGUGGCCUCAGGACAGUGAGAGCACCGGCUCAGCCCAGAUCCGCUGGGACUCGGACAGGAAGUGUGCCAUGGAGACUGUGCUGCAGUACUCCAGAGAAAAGAAUGAGAAGAAGCCUCCCAAAGCGUAUCUGAUCCACGCUGGCCUGGAGCCGCUCACCUUCACCAACAUGUUCCCCAGCUGGGAGCACAGAGAGGACAUCGCUGAGAUCACUGAGAGGGAGGCAGAGGUGUGUAACCAGAUCAUCCUGGUGGAGGACGUGUUGGCCAGGCUGUGUAAAACCACCUACCCCCUGGCUGACAUUCUGGCCCGGCCGCUGCCUGAGGGAGUCGACCCUCUUCGCCUGGAGGUCUACCUGUCGGAGGAGGACUUUGAGGGUGUAGGGGCUUAUGGGAAGAAAGGCUUGGAGAUGACCAGAGAGGAUUAUGGGAGUUUGCCCGUCUGGAAACAGGUGAAAUUGAAGAAAGCCAAAGGACUUUUCUAGAUCGCUGAAACAGAGGAGGUGACCUGAAGACGUCACAAAAACCACCAAGAUGUCGUUUCGUCUCUUUUUAUUUGUUUACGUCUGCGCACAACCGAGGUUCGGGGUAGGAGGGGAGUUCGAAAGCCGUGCAGCAGAUUUCCCUCUCAUCUGCUUCUUGUGUUGUUUAUUUCGUUUGUCAAAUGUAGGCAGAUGCACGUAUGUGUGAAUGUGUUCAUAGAUUUUGUUUAGAUGUAUUCUUUGUUAAUGUUUGUACAUAUGUACAAUACGCAGGACAACCAGUGCCCUUACAUUAUCAGCAAUGCAGCCAUGUGUUGGAGUGGGAGCAGGUCUGUCAGCCUGUUCCACACACUUCACAUCACCCUCUGUAUGUAUGUUAAUGCAUUACAAAUAAUUUAUAUUUAUAUCAAAUCUAUAAAGGAUUUUUAAAGCCUUCAUGAGUAUGUACUGAACUAAAGUGAUAAAGUGUAUAAUGAACGUGUUUGGGGGAGGUUUGUGUCAUAUGUUAAUAAAUACUGGAUAUUAGAGAAACUUGCUGUACAGUUCACCGUUUGCCAUUUACAGAUCAAAUGAUGCAGCUUUAUCUGGAUGCAUUUAGUGUCAUUGUUGUCUCACUUAUAGUAAAAGACACGGGCUUGAUUUAAGGCAGAGCGAGUGAUGAAAUGCAUUUGAUUUUAAAGUCCCACAGUGUAUAGUGCCUUGCUUUGUGUACAGUUUAUAUACAGGUCAUAGUCUGCAUUUUGAAGACUCUUUGUGAUAUAAAGAUCUAUUAGAGAAAUAAACCCUGAAAGUUGGAUAUGUGAAAA